AGUUCCUGCAUCGAGCCGUAGCCGUCAUCACUGCUGGACAUGGCUACAGGUCAAUUUAAGCAAGCCAGAGAGAGUGUCAGUGAUCGUGAAGAAGCAGGGUUUUCAACCAUGGAUACCUCUCCUGAUGAAGUCACCCAUACCCCAAAUGUUUCUACUAGCUCUGAAGAGAUAUCUGUAGUUCCUCACACAAAAGAGGCUGCUGUUGCAGAGGAUUUGAGACCUAGAACUCCUCAGCCAUUAGGCUCUGGUUCAGUAUAUUUCAGCAAUAGAUCAGCUAGAAAAAGACGACGAAAAAGAGCACCAUGGUUCAAAAAAGCAAAAAGACAUCCACAGUCUAGCAAUUCUCCUACUACGCGACAGAAUUAUGCGCAGCAAGCAGCCAAACAGCAUGAAGAGUCUUGUUCUGGUCAAUUUAUGCAAGCCAGAGAGAGUGUCAGUGAUCGUGAAGAAGCAGGGUUUUCAGCCAUGGAUGCCUCUCCUGAUGAAGUCACCCAUAACCCAAAUGGUCAGGUAACUGCUAGAUAUGUUCAGGCUAAAAUAAGAAAGUUUAAAAGCCAUUUUAAAGGAAUUAAGAAGAGAUUUCAAGAAAGCCUUGAAAAUAAAAAUAUCUCAGUGGAAGAAGUCAUUAAAGUUUUGAAGUCACUGUCGGCAGACGAUGACAGUGACCACAAAGUGUACACAGAGAGCCACUUAAACGUCUUAGAAGAAGCUCAUAAUCAAUCUGCUCUCAUUGGACAAUUGGAUUUCAACAUGGACUACCUCUCUUUUCAUUUACUGGAGUACUUGGUGACAGAGUUCGAUCUAGAAGAUGUCAAAGUAUUGAUUGAGGACUACAAAUCGAAUCUUCAGCAAUUCAGAGGGAAAGUCCCACUAUAUCAGUUCUGUGAAGCACAAAAGGGAAAACGAAUAAAGCCGAUGCCUGAUUUCAGGGAAAUGGUUGCAGAAUUACAAUGGUCGCCUGGCUCUGUCAUGAAUUUAGAAGUUGUAGAGCAGUUUCGGCAAAAAUACACCACUCACUACAACCUCAGAUGUUGGUCCAUGGUUCUUGCUAGAGUUGAUCCUGGUUACAAUUGCUUCAACUGCACUUGGCUUAUACCUGCGUCUGUUGUAAACAUUUUAAAAGGGAAUGUACGCCGUGCUGUCUUUGAAGAGAAUUUUUGCUCAAAACUUAGCAUUGCUGGAGACUGUGUCUAUCGCAAGAAAGGUUCUGGUGAUUCAUCUCACCUCAUUGGUCCUGAGUCAUCAUAUUUGGCAUCAAGCCAAUCACCAGAAGAUGAUUUCCUGUUUGUUGAAGACCCAUCUGAUGACUAUUUCUGUCCAGUGACACAAUAUCUACUAAUGGAGCCUUGCCUCACAUCAUGUUGUGGUAAACAUUUUUCACAAGAAGCUGUGAAAAAGAUUAAAAAAGCGGGAAAGGAAUGUCCAAAUUGCAGAAGCGCUAAGUGGACAACGAUGUUAAAUAUUCAUUUCCAACGUGAAGUAAAGGAACUCCGUGUGUUUUGCCAGGCCAUUGAGUGUUUCUGGCAAGGACCACUGUCAGAACUGUUGUAUCAUAACAAAACCUGCCACUCCUCGAAGGCAGCUGAAUCUGUUAAGAUAGAAGAAUCCACACCUUCAUCUUCUAGCAAAAGUCAGCCUCAGAUAGGCAACCGUACGGUUUAUGAAGAGCUGGAAUUCAUUCAAAAAGAGGUAAAAGUACUGCAGAAGAAGUUUAGUGAACUGAAGAAAGAAUGUCUAGAAUGUCUGAAAGUAAGGAAUGUUCCUAUCGAACAUUUUGUUACUACUCUGAAAUCACUGAAAGUGGAUGAUAACAUAGAGGGCUACACAUAUUUCACUGAAAGCCACAUCAGGGCUAUCUCCCAGGCAGUUGAUCAUUCUGAAAUCUUUGGGGCCCUUAUUUUAAACAUGAAUUAUUUCUCACAUCAAUUAUUGGACUAUUUUGUAACUGAGUUUGACUUGGAAGGGGUUAAAUCUGAAAUGGAAGCAUACAAGUCGGAUUUAAAGGUCUUUUGUGAGAAAACACCAGCAAUCUUGUUCUGUCAGGCUCAACCAAAGCUAACAAUCGAACCUCCACCACACUUUCGAACUGUAAUUUCUACAUUUCACAAGUCAGAUAGCCUGAUGCUUGAUAAUUUGGAGCAGUUUAGAACAGAGUACUCCUACCAUCACGGCUUACAAAAUUUCACAAUGACACUUGCUAAAGCUGAAGUUGGUUCCGUUGCAGUCACCUGGUUCAUUCCUGAAGCUGUAGUUGAAAAAUUGUUACAGGAGUCUGUUCCUAGAAAGAUUCUUACGAAGUAUUCCAUUACUAAACUGGAGAUUGCUGGAGGUUGUGUCUACCGUUUACGUACAACUCAGGAGAUGGUUGCUGUCACUGGUACGGGUAGUACCGAAUCAUUUGAAGCGGCUGGAGUAACUGUUCUAGGAACUACAUCACUUAUCAGCCAGUACAAGUCACGAACGGAUUAUCCGUUCGUUGAGCAACCGUCUGGUUACUUCUGUCCAUGUACAAAGGGUCUACUCCUAGAGCCCUACCUAACAUCCUGCUGUGGUCAACAUCUCUCACAGGAAGCUGUCGCCAGAAUUAAAAAGGAAAAAGGGAAAUGUCCAUUGUGCAAGAUGAUUCAGUGGAGUACAAUGCUGGACAAACAUUAUCAGCAUGAAGUAAACUCACUCCUAGUGUUCUGUCAUUAUAAAUAUAGGGGAUGUACGUGGCAAGGAGAGCUGUCUGCCUUCGAGUAUCAUAUUAAUUCUUGUCCAAUGAAAGAUACUCCACUGAUGACAGAAUUACCUCCACAAAUAAGGCUAAAGGAUAAGACAAAAAGCACAAUGAAUAAGGUAUCUGUUGCUGAAUCCAUUCCCGACAUACCCGCAAACAAGCCUGACAGUACACAACUGAUGGAAGCUGUUUCCAGUGGGAAAGUGAAUGACGUCAGAGUUUUGCUUUCAGAGGGAGCAGAUCCAAACGCUUUUCCUCCAAUGAUUCAGUUUACUCCUCUAAUGGAGGCCUGUAAAACUGGGGAUGUUAAAAUGGCUCAGCUCCUGCUUGACAAUAAUGCAGACCCAAACAUUGGAAAUGAUACUGGGUGGUCAGCACUGAUGGCAGCAGUUUAUAAACGGCAUGAUGACAUUGCUCUGAGGAUAAUCAGGGCUGGAGCUGCACCUCACAUUCAGGAUAAGAAUCACACAAAUGCUCUGCUGCUGGCUAUUGAACGUCACAAACACGACACAGUUGUGGGUGCUCUGCUGGACAAUGUAAAUAGUCCAUCUCAGCUCGACAUUCAGGACAGCUAUGGGGCAACUGCACUCAUGUAUGCAUGUAAGAAGAAUAAUCUCAAAUUGGUCGGACGACUACUCAGUAUGGGGGCUAACCCAAGUAUUGCAAACAAUGAUGGGGAAACUCCUGUCAUGAUUGCAAAAGCAUUGGGACAGGAGCAGAUUGCACAAGUCAUUAUGGAAAAAAGUGUUAGCCAGUAUCUAAACUCUACUCACAUUUACCUAGACCUUGAAAGGGAGACAGUGGAAGUAGAAGUGGAGGUUACAAACGAAGAUGUCGUAGCAAAGAAGGUGGUGGAAGAUAUUCAAUCAACCUUUGAUGUGAUAGCAGAGAAGACAGUGAUAGUAACAAAUGGGGAGCAGCAUGUUAUCUGGGAGGGAUAUGGUCUGAGACUAUACAUUCCACCCGACUCACUACCAGAAGGUUGUAGUCAUUUGAAGCUCAGUGUAAAUGUUGGACUAUCAGGAGAGUUCCAUUUACCCGAGAACGGUGUCCUUGUUAGUGCAGUUUAUUCCUUCAGCCACGACCAUAUAGAGGAUCUACGUCAACCGGUCACUCUGGAAAUGGAGCACUGUGCUGCAGCAAGUGCUCUUGAUAACUUGAGUGUUGUUCGAGCGAAUACGAACUCCAACAGUUUCAAUUAUGUUCCAGGGGGUGAUUUCAGCUCAGUGAAAGGCUAUGCAGUGAUAAAGUUGCAUUCCUUCUCUCGUUUUACUACUUUUAUGAGGAACAUUUUUCAAUCCUUGCUUCCCCAUUUCUCUAAUGAAAUUGAAUAUUCUGCUAACAUUUACUAUACAAAGAUGUUCUAUUGCCGUUUUGAUUUUGAGUUCUUCAUUAUUAAAAACCUCAGUGUAUUGGCUACGGUUUUCAAGCGGGAUGUUGAUAAGUAUAGUGAUCGCAUGGAGCUGUGUACAUGUCAAGUGAAAGUCUGGUGCGAGAAUGAGGAAGUUCCGAAGGAACUGUUUCAGAAAGUGAUAAUCAAGGGAGCUAAGCAGUGCAAUUUCUUAACUGUGACCUCCCCGACGACAUGUCUAACUAGUGAGUGGCAGUUUACCCUUACCGAUGGUCUAAAUGAUCUUCUCCUUUUCCGUUUAGAGCCUGCUCUGCCUUCAAGUCCCAGAUCUGUGGAUACCACAGCAUUGUUUAAUGUCAAGCCGAAGUUCAUGGCUGACUUGUCCAAGGAGUUGGGGGAUCUGACGUGGAGUGAAAUAAAGUCUCUGGCAGUACAACUGGAGAUUGACUACAACAAACUAUUGAAGAUAGAGGAGCAGACUAACCAAGCCACCGACCGUAUGCACCAAGCAUUGAACAUUUGGCUGAAAAAAGACCCGAAUGCUUCAUGGGAGAAAGUAUCUGUUGCUGAAUCCAUUCCCGACAUACCCGCAAACAAGCCUGACAGUACACAACUGAUGGAAGCUGUUUCCAGUGGGAAAGUGAAUGACGUCAGAGUUUUGCUUUCAGAGGGAGCAGAUCCAAACGCUUUUCCUCCAAUGAUUCAGUUUACUCCUCUAAUGGAGGCCUGUAAAAAUGGGGAUGUUAAAAUGGCUCAGCUCCUGCUUGACAAUAAUGCAGACCCAAACAUUGGAAAUGAUAAUCACACAAAUGCUCUGCUGCUGGCUAUUGAACGUCACAAACACGACACAGUUGUGGGUGCUCUGCUGGACAAUGUAAAUAGUCCAUCUCAGCUCGACAUUCAGGACAGCGACAAAUAUUUCACCCCUGUGUCUAAGGCAGAAAGCCAACCAAGGGAGACAGUGGAAGUAGAAGUGGAGGUUACAAAUGAAGAUGUCGUAGCAAAGAAGGUGGUGGAAGAUAUUCAAUCAACCUUUGAUGUGAUAGCAGAGAAGACAGUGAUAGUAACAAAUGGGGAGCAGCAUGUUAUCUGGGAGGGAUAUGGUCUGAGACUAUACAUUCCACCCGACUCACUACCAGAAGGUUGUAGUCAUUUGAAGCUCAGUGUAAAUGUUGGACUAUCAGGAGAGUUGCAGUUACCCGAGAACGGUGUCCUUGUUAGUGCAGUCUAUUCCUUCUGCCACGACCCAAUAGAGGAUCUUUCGUCAGCCGGUCACUCUGGAAAUGGAGCACUGUGCUGCAGCAAGUGCUCUUAG